AUGCCCUCCCUGAACCAAGCUUUGCUCUCCAAGACAGACCAUAGUACACAUUGUCCUUGGAAAGGUGAUGCGUCUUACUACACCAUUACAUUUGACAAAACCGAGUUGAAAAAUGCAGCAUGGUACUAUCCGACCCCGUUCGAGAAGGCUCAAAAUAUCAAGGAUUAUGUUGCUUUCUCAUAUUUCAGACCAUCAAUGGCAUUCUCGUACUUUGCUAGAAAGCGUAUUAUUUGCUCUGCUCCAAUCCCACAACAUAAUGCGAAGCAGCACGGAGGUCGUGUCUGUGGAAUUUCUCCUAUAUUCUCCACCGGAAGCUGCGCUGUUAACCUUCGUACCAAACAAACCGUUACCAACUUCUGA